GUUCGAUGCUUCGAUAGAAUUUUUUAACAUCAAAACAAUAACAAACCAUCUAUCAUGAACGAUCAAAAAGAACUAUUUCAACUAGCAAAAUCGCUGAACGCUGUUGAAACUAUUAAGGUUAGCAGCGGAGCCAUUUCCUCGCAUCAGCACCCGUCUUCACAUCAUUCCACACAAACCUUCCGUUACAUUAUCGUAAUCGACUUCGAAGCAACUUGCUGGGCAAAGGAUGAUCAAAAAUGGAAGAAAAAUGAAAUUAUCGAGUUUCCAGCCGUUCUGAUAAACCUGACCAACGGUAAAAUCGAGUCCGAAUUUCGUCAGUACGUCAUGCCAAUCGAGAAUCCUCGGUUGAGUGACUUCUGCACCGAACUGACCGGGAUCCGUCAGGAUCAGGUGGACGACGGUGUACCCUUGCACACGUGCUUGUCCUUGUUCAACAAAUGGAUGAAGCAAACCGUCGACGAUCAUAUGCUGAUUCUACCGAAGAGCAAUCCUGACAACCAAACUGGAAAUGUUGCAUUGGCCACGUGGUCUGAUUGGGAUUUCGGAACAUGUCUGAGCAAAGAAUGCACGAGAAAGAAGAUCAAUAAGCCGGCGUACUUUGAUCAGUGGAUCGAUGUUAGAGCUAUCUAUAAAAAAUUCUACCAACACAAUCCGAUAAGCUUCAACGAUGCAUUGAAUAAGCUGGGAAUGCAGUUCGCAGGACGACCUCACAGCGGAUUGGACGACUCGAGAAACAUUGCCCGAUUGAUCACCAAAAUGUGUCUGGAUGGUGCAAACUUUGUCAUAACUAAGGAUUUGAAGCCUUUUGAGUUGUUCAAUAAAUAAA